CCAGGAUACACACUUCGGGGCCCACGCGCAGGAUAGACACCCCUGAUACUCUCUCGUUCUUAAUUCAAGGCGCUUUGAAUUACAACAUGGAAGCCGAAAGCUACCGCAGCCGAGUACACAAAUUCUCGAGCAAACCGCCCGGCCACAAGGCCGCUCGGCAACGCGCGAACCAGCGGCGGCACCGGGCAAGAGUGAAAGGCAGGAUUGCCGAACUCGAAUCGGCCCUUUCAAAUGCUGAAGCCAGGCUUGCGGAUGCCCUGCGGAGAAUCGGGAGCCUGACCGCCGAGGUCCGGCGACUGCAGCAUGCUCUCGACUCGAGGGCAUCCCAGAGACCGGUUGUUGAAUCGACGACUGACACGACCCGCGGCAUUGCGACCAACAUUGAGAUCAAGCGCAUCACUCCACCAGAACCUUCUGGACCUGCUGAGAGCUCCGCUGUCGUCCCCAACCCCUGCAUCACGCCUCGGGAAGCAUUCGAACCGCCCGAACAGGCCUUCCUAAGCCCGGCCAGCCCCCUCGCUCAGGACAAGCCCAGCACCGACGAGCCCACUCCAGUGGAGACGCAUGGAGAUGCCGUGCAAGUCUCUGAUUUUGAAGACCCAAAUAACGAUUAUCCCCUCCUGCCGCCGCCGCGCGCGGGCGAGUCGACAAUGCCAUGCCGCGACGCCUACGAGAUCAUCACGGAACGAAGCGCGCCGGGAUUCGACCUUGCCGCUGCGACCGAGUGGCUGAAGCCUGGUUUUCGGAGGGCUGUUGUGCCGGGCGCUGGGUGCCGUGUCCAAACUCACCUCUUGUUUGCCUUGGUUGACCGGAUCACUUCGAAUUGGGGAUGCAUUUGAGCGAGGCCACAACGUCCCGCUAUGUUCGUUCUAUGGGCUAGGGACAAAUACACUGAUAUGGUCAUUCGACAUGUCC